AUGGCGACUCAGCAACAAGGAGAAGAAGAUAAGCAAACACAGAGUCCCUCAACUACUGGCUGGAGAGAGUUGAUUGGACUACCGUACCAAAAGAUCAAAGAAAACAUAGAAGCUAACCGAUAUGUGUGGACUGCUUAUGUUGUUGUAUAUGGUGGAUUUGGUCUUUGGCUUACCUACAGAUGGAGAAAGCUUCGUAGGACUGAGGACAGGGUACGUGCCCUUCAAGAACGACUGCGCAAGCUUGCUGAAGCUAGAGAGCAGGCAGUCUCUGCCACAUCAGUUGAAAAGGCAGCUCCAGUUGAAAAGGCUGCACCAAUUGAAAAGGCUUCAUUGUUGGCUAAUAAAUCUCCCCAAUAG